UUUACGACAGCUAAGAUAAGGUCGAAGCUUGGCCGCCAAUGCUAUGAAAGAAGCAAAUGUGAAAGUAGAAAUUUGUCAUGUUGCAGUCUAUAAUUAAUUUAUUACCAAAAUAACUUGUAGGUCUGCAGGGCCAAGUUUGUGAAGACCGAACUUUAAAAAGGGUAUACAUUUAUACAUUUUGUGUAAUUUGAAGUAAGAUUUUGAGAAAAUGUUCGGUGGUAAUAAACAGGGAGCACCUGGAGGGUUUUCAUUUACAUCAACACCUGGUACUGGUACUACUCCUGGACUAUCAUUAGGUACUGCAACAACAACAACUACUGCAGCUCCUUCAGGAGGGUUUAGUUUUGGUGCAACUGGAGGUGCUGGGGCUGGAACAGGGUUUGGCAAACCAACUGCUGCAGCUACGGGAUUCUCAUUGGGUGGAACUGCAGCAGCCCAAGCAACAGGUUUGGGAACUCCUGGGUUUUCCUUUAAUUCUGCCAUAACAUCCACUCCUGCAGCACAAGUGCCAAAGCCUAAUGUUACACCAACAGUUAAUCCAGGGGGAGGAUUCUCAUUUGGUGCUACCACACCUGCAGCUACGCCCAGUUUAGGAUUGGGAACAGCUACACUUUUAGGUACAGGUAUCAGUGCUGCGAAAACAAGUACGUCUGGAACACCAGGAUUUUCAUUUGGUUUACAAUCAACACCAACAGCUGCAUCAGGUUUAUCACUUGGAACAACACCAGCCGCAACUGCAGCACCAGCUACAUCAACCUCUGGUGGCUUUUCAUUUGGACAGAUGCCAGGUGCAGGAGCCACAUUAGGUGGUUUAAAGACUGCCACAACAAGUGCAGCACCCAGUAUAGGCUUUAAUCUAGCUGGAGCUCCACCUGCAACAUCAGCAGCUGGUGGGCUAACGUUAGGUGCAGCAAGUGCUACAACUAUAAAACCUCCAGGAACUGGUCUCAAUCUUGGAGCAGCAUCUACAGCCCCAGCAUCAACUGGUUUAGGAUUAUCAACCACCACAUCUACUGCUGGGUUAGGUCUUCUGAAUUCUACAGCCAACAAAUCCACAGCAUCUGUUUUACCAAGUACAACAACAACAACAACUGUAGCUGGUCCAUCUAAACAAAUGACAUAUCACCAACUAGAGGAUGCUAUCAACAAAUGGACAACAGAAUUAUCAGAACAGGAGAAGAUAUUUUUACAACAGGCUACUCAAGUCAAUGCUUGGGAUAGAUUAGUCAUGGAGAAUGGAGAAAAGAUAAUUCAGUUGAGUCAAGAUGUAGAUAAAGUUAAAACUGAUCAACAGAAGUUAGAUCAUGAGAUUGAUUUUAUACAUGCUCAACAACGAGAACUUGAAGAAUUACUUCAACCAUUAGAAAAAAGUUUAGAACAGAUGCCUCCCAUUAGUUUCCAGCAGCAUGCUGAUUUACAGAGAGAACACACUUACCAGCUAGCUGAGAGUAUUGAUGCCCAGAUGAAGAGAAUGGGACAAGAUUUAAAGGAAACUAUAGAAAGAUUGAAUGCUACUAAUUCUAAGACAGACCCUCAUGACCCUGUUCAGCAGAUAACAAAGAUAUUAAAUGCUCAUAUGGAUUCUUUAUUAUGGAUUGAUAGAAAUUCAGCUGCCUUAUAUAGACGUGUUGAAGAUAUAUCGAAAGAAAUGGAUUCACAGCGUAAAGAACAGGAAAGGAAUUAUAGACUAGUCUACAACUAACGUGUGUCAUCCAUUUUUAUAGACUAGUAUACAACUACAUUCUCUUAGGUCGUCAUAGUCAAUUGACUUUAAAUAUUUGUAUUAUAAAAACAGACUAUGUUCAUCUGAAACUUCAAACCCAAGAAGAUUGUGAAAUAUGUGUAUCAUUAUUAUAGAACUGAAAACAAAAAUACGUGAACAUGGUGUGAGAAGGUGGUAAAAAAAACUUUUAUUAAAUAUAUAUAUAUUCAGUUGUAACAUUUAAAGGUCUAGCAAUGUGAAAAAAUAAACAAAUAUAAAUAAUGAUAGCAGACAUUGCAUCACACUAAAUAAGUUCAUUAGAAAAAAUAUCAUGAAAAAUAAUAUUCAUCUGACAUUGAAAAUAUGAUAAAAAUAAAAAAAUAUAUUUGUACAAAUUGCUGUGAUUAAAUAUUUAGCUUCCUGGUCAAAGUAUAUUCUA